AUGACACCGAUAUCCGAUCGUGAAGCGUACAAACGUCGCCACGGUGACGUGACGUCACAAAUCUCGUUAAGCAUUACGAGAUUUCAUCAGCUUCCGGUUAGUAUUACUACAACAACAACAAUCAUGGCUCCCUGUCCGGAAGAAGUGGACGUUUUUACAAUUCCCCAUUCUCGGAUGAAAGAAUUAGUUUGCAAAUAUUUAGAUAUGCUGACAGCUACCAACUUUGCUGAUGUGGUCCACUUAACUGCUCUGCUUGAAAACUUGAUCCGCACUUUCCAAGAGUUUAUAGCCCACGAGCAGAUUGAGAAUCAGUUCAUCAUGAAGAAAUUAAAGAACAAACUACGCUCGUUGUCCAUCCAAAACACGGCAGUUUGCAACUGUCACAAGGACAACCGGCUGGAAAAUAUGCUAAAGUUUUUACAAGAUGGGUACAAGUGUACAAAGAAAAGUGAUUUAGAUCGUAAUAAUUACGGUCUACAGCUGAGACAAGAGCUAGAAGAUUUCACGGAGACUUUCUUACCUCAUAUGGAGGAAGAAGAAGAGGUUUUUCAGCCAUUGUUAAUGCAACAUUUUACAUAUGAAGAGCUGAAGCAGAUAAAGGCCACUGUCUUGCAACAACACUUUAAGAUGGAAACAGAGGAUAUUCCUGAAAAAUUUGUAGCUGAUAACAAAUCAAGUAAAUCAGACAUGAGCAUGAAUAUUUCUGGCCUGAAUGACACAGUUGGUAUAGAAAAUUUACCGGAUGAAGUUAUGCUGAAGGUGUUUUCUCACUUGAACCCUCAAGCACUCUGCCGUUCUGCUCAAGUGUCACAUAGAUGGAAUUCACUUGCCAUGGAUGGCAGUUUGUGGACACAACUGUAUCCAGUUAGCUGGGCAAAAGGUGACUGGGAUGCUAGGGAUGGUGUAUACGAGGAAGACACUAUUGAUGUAGAGGAGAGAUUAAAUGCUAAGAGUUAUGAUGAGGAUGCUGAUGUUGAUGAAACUGAUGAGUGGGACGCCGAGGCGAUUGAGAUCCAGCAUCAAUCCUCCAUGUUGACAACUAUGUGUAAACAUUUGUUACCUCGUGUUGGAAGAACAAUAAAACAUUGCGAUCUUGCAUAUAGUAAAGGAUUGACUAAUGGAGCACUGUACAAAGUUCUUUCCCUUUGUCCAAACUUGGAGUAUUUGGAUCUUACUCACACAAGAGUGUCUGACCUUGGAUUUAAAGGGUUCAAGAAAGGGAGUGGUGGUAAGAAGUUAAGACAUCUUGAUCUGACUGGUUGCCUGUAUAUCACAGACCAAACUCUUCAAAGAUUGUCAUCAGCUUUAGGUCAGAUUCCAUGUCACAUGACCGAAACUGAAAAUCAGGUGACAGACCAUGUGACUAACCUAAAUAUGGAAUCAGCCAAUGAGGAGGAAGGCUGUGCCGACUGCAAAGAAGAAAGGAAAAACGGAAGUUAUGAAUUUGAAAAACAAGAAAAAAAGAGAAACAGAUGUCCAAUGUUGUCAAGUAACAAGGUCAUGAAUCCAGAUGGCAUUGGGAAAGAAUUAAUGCAUGAAGGAAAAAGAGACAAUACAAACAAAUGCUGUGGGUUAGACCAGGAUGAUGAUGGACGGUUGGCACCGGACAAAGGUAAAAGUCGCAAUUGUUGUUCAUCAAGAGGCUGUGAUAAGAAGUUUGAGGAUAAUGUGCCCGACUUUAAACGAGCAAGGAACAAGAACGGUUGUAGUUGCUGUGGCAACGAUGCUAAUCUGCCAAUACUUUAUGAAGAAACUCCACAUGUUGUUGAUACUGAUGAAACCCAUAAUGAGAAGUUUGAUAAUGACGACACAGACACACAAGACAGGUCAUGGAUCAAAGGUGAAGGUCAUGCUGAUGAAGUGACAUUGACAGUGAAUGAUGACCUUUCCACCGAAGAAAAUGAUCCGUACAAAGAAGGAUAUGAUGUAACAGUGCAUCAAACCACAACACAAAGACAAGAUGAGAAAAAUAUAAGGAAUCUCAACGGAGGUACUGAAUAUGAAGUCGAAAUUGUCCCGAACAAUGAAAUAAUCCAAACAGAAUCCAGCCCAGGACAGACAUUCUUGCCGGAUUUCUUUUUUCUUCCAAAUGUGAGACCCGAAAGGGAUUAUGACUUAGACGUAGAAGUUAAAACUGUGCUUCCAGUGGUAUCAAGUGGUGUUAAAAAUGACUUUGAGGGUGGUGAGGAUCCAAACAGAGCCCUGGAGUUUCUGAGUCUAUCCGGAUGCUACCAGAUUACAGAUGAGGGCCUAGAUUACCUGGCAAGCAAUGGUGGUUUACCGAGGUUGAAGUACCUGGACCUGUCUGGUUGUCAGAAUGUUACCGGAGAGGCUGUGAGCGACCUCGUAAACACUGCACCACACUUGGAUCCAGCUCAACUAUUUUACUGUGAUAAUAUAUUGGAUGGACCUUAUGCUGACACGGCAUCUGGAUGUCAGAAUCUCCAGUGUAACAGUCGCGUCUGCUGUAGGUGUGGAGAAUAGACUGACAAGAUCACAGAGGCAGGACAGACAUAUUGAAAAGCCAGAUGUUAAACUACGAUUGAAAGUUACAGAUGUUUUUAUCAAAGUGUCAUCUGCAAUUGAAAGCUGUGGACGGAAGCCAAAUAAAAGCAUAAUUUACAAUUUUUUCUUUAAAAUUUUAUGUCACAUUUGUGUGUGCUAUUACUUUUUGACGAUCAUUAUUUGUUUAUGCAUGCAUUGGUUGGAUAAAGAAAUCAUAUUUUAGCUUAUACUACAUCAUACAAAAAAAUGUAUCCAGAAAAUUUUAUUCAAAAUAUAUUUUUUCGUUAUAGUUAUAUCGGGUGAAAUUAAGUUGUGAUUCACUUUAAAACAUGAUUGUGAAGGAAUAAACUUUCUUGAAAAAAAAAUAUUAUUACUGUUUGCCAAUUUGUAUUGAGAAAAUAUAUUUUAAUGCCUAUUACAAGAUUUUAUGCAAUGUGAAAUGAAUAAAUAAAUAAUAAUUACAAAUGUAUACGAAAUUAUAUAAAAGAUUUAUAACAGUUGAAUUAAUGUAGGUAUGAUCAUAAACAAACACAGUUUUUUAAAACAUGUUUUGCUUAAUUUAGCUUCUUCUUUUACUAAUUUAAUAUCAGUAUACCAAGAAGUAACCAUUUUCCUGCUGAGUUUAUGAUAAUGAAUUAGUUUUGUACCAUUUUGUGUCAAAGGUCAUGUAUCAUGAAUAAAAGGUAGCUUAUCAAAAUGUGAUUUGAAUGAAGAAGUUUGCACUUACUGACUGGUACAGUAUCCAAAAACACUUGAUGAGUGGACUGCAUUUUAAAGGAGCUCCACUUAGGUUAAAAAGCCUAACAAUAUGAAAGUGUGAAAUUCAUACAAAGAUUACCGUAAGUAAAGCACUUAAAAUUGAGACAUCUUCAAAUGAUUAUAGUGAAAUAUACUCAAAAUUAAAUUGAAAAUCGAUUUUUUUUUGUGCGAUUGUUAGUCUGAUUUUCGUGAAAAACAAUGCAACGCUUUUAAUUUUUGGGCCAUUUUGAACAAUAAAAAUGAUUAUUCUGGAAAACAAGGUUAGGGAAUGAUUUGAAAAUUUUCACACUAGUUAUCUAAAUGGAACACAAAUCUCGGAAAAAAUAUUUCCUGUCCUGUUAUGUUAAAAAUCUUCAGUGGAGUCCCUUUAAGGUAGAAAUUGCUUGGGUGAAAGAUACAAAUAAAAUGUACACAUAUAUAUUCUUUUGAAAAUGUUUUUUAAUAAGGAUUUAUCAUAUUUUAUGUUAGAAAUAACUUAUUUGUUUGUAUAUUAUGUGGAAAUCCUGUGCAUUUGUCCUGUUUUUUUUUAAUGAAGUCCCUGUUGUUGUUUUUUCAUGAGAAGUAUAAUAAAUUGAACUCUUAUUCUUGUUUUGCUUUUUAAAUGAAACUGUAUAAUUUGUCAGUUUAAAAUAUUUUGCAAUCAAAGAACGAGAAUGAAUCCGUCAAGAGCCCGGAGUCAGGUCAUUCUUCAUGGGGGACAUGAUUAAGAUUAGCUUGGUGCUUAUGUUGGUGUUGCUUAGUUACAGUCAGUAUUGAUGUGAUUUGUAUGAAAUGCAGGUACAUUUCCUAAAAUGUUAACAUAUAAUAAUUAUAGUCAUCAUUUCAGGGUGGUUUGUGUUUUUACUAUAGUUUUGUUAUUUGUAACCAUUUAUGGUGGAAUUUUCAUAAUAUGUUACAGGGUUAACAAAGAUCUAAAUAAGCAGAAACAAACUUCAUUUUUGUUUUAUAUUUUUCCUUAUUUUAUAACAUACAUUAUCUGGGAAAUGGACUAUUUUACAGCUACCAUAGUCCCAUUUGUUUUAACAAGACACACUAUACUAUUGGAAGAAUCAUUCAAAGUAAAAGAAGAUAGUUUAUUAGAUUUUUAUAACAUUUUAAAGUAUAUAAAGCUGUAUAUCUGCUGCAAAAAUAUUUUAUUUGAAUUUUAAAAAAGAAUGAAUACUUCCAUGAUGCUUGUACAACAUGUAUAAAAAAAAUAUGGUAGUAUAUUGCUUAAAAGUGAAUGGCGCAUUGCAACAAUACAUCAUUGCUUAACAACCCUACAGCAGCAUAAUAUUUUGUUCCAGAACAUUUUAUUCUGUUUACAUACAAUAUAUAUGUGUAUUAAAUAAUAUAAACAUUUUAUGUUACAGCUUUAAAAAAUGGACGAUAAGAUUAUGGAAAUAGUAUAAUUUUAAAGUUGAUGAAUUUAUAAAAGUAUUUCAUAAGAUCUAGCUUUAUACCCUUUAAAUAUCUUAUUAUUGAAUUUUUUGUGUCAUACUUGUAGACCCCUUAUAAGACAGGGAUCAAAUUUACAUCUGAAUAGUCAUGUAACCCUUUUCCUACUGAAUUUCUCUAAUAUAUUUGCCGGGCUUUGAAAUUUGAAACAGUCCAUUAAAAUUUAAAAUAAUGUAAUUGACAACAUAAAAAAUUAAGCUGCCAAUAUUACAUAAUUAUACUUACCUGUGCUGUCUGACCAGGCCCGAAGGUUAUUAAAGAAAUUCUCCAAGCUUAAACUAAGAUCUCAGGUAUUUGAUUGGUCAGAAACUGUCACAGAAUGUACACUAACCAAUGAAAAUCCUGGGACUUACGACAGAACUCAGAAAAAAGAUUUAUAAUCUCGAGGCUCUUUUUUGCUGGUAUAAUCUCGAUUUUUGAUAUUUUAAAAUUUAGUUCUCAUAACUGUUGAAUGGUCUGUUUCAGAUUCAAACCAUGGCAAAUCCAUUACAUAAAGCUUGCAGGUUAAGCUGGUUGAAUAGCAACCAUGCUAGAAGUAAAAGAAACAUUAUACAUGUAUUUAAGCCGUGCCAUGACAAAACCAACAUAAUGGGUUUGCGACCAGCAUGGAUCCAGACCAGCCUGCGCAUCCGUGCAGUCUGGUCAGGAUCAAUGCUGUUCGCUUACCAACCUUUUUACAAGUAGAGAAACUGAUAGCGAACAGCAUAGAUCCUGAUCAAUCAGACUGCACGGAUGCACAGGCUGGUCUGGAUCCAUGCUGCUAGCAAACGCACUAUGUUGGUUUUGUCGGGACGCGGCUCAUUUGUCAAUUGACAUAUUAUUUAUAUUUUAACUAUAUAUAACUACUGUACAUUUAACUUUAUCCAGUGACGCAUUUGAUGCUAGAUAUAUUUAGAUUCUAGAAUGAGAAAUUGAUAUCCAUUUUGUAUAAGUUUUCAAUAGAAAAUCAGAAUCUUUUGUUAUUAUUGUUGUUGUUGAAAUGUUAUAUUAUUUUCAUGUGGUGCAUUGUUUUUUGGCAUAUUUUUGUUAUGUUUGAUUAUAAUAUCAUAUUGUGUAACGCAGGUAUCUGUUAUGUUUUACACUUGAUAUAUGUAGUCCAAAGAAAUACAGUCAUUUUCAUUUCCAA